AUGAUAGAUGGUGGGAAGCUGAUAGGGGUGGGGGAAGGAGGUGGAGCAGGGGAAGGCGGACGUGUAGGGCACACUCGAGGAGUGUCCACUGUCACAGGGACUAUUCCACUCAGUCUUCCUCAAGUCCCCACCCUUCCACCUCCCUUACCACCCUAUUAUCCAAUUCCAAUGGAUGGAGAGAUGAGUACAAGCCCAGUGUGCAUUCAAAGGCAGAUGGCCCUCCUUGAAGGCGCAGUGGUCCAGCAUCCACUCCUAACUGGCAUGUACCCUCCUGGACCCAUCACAGAUGCUCAAGUGGCACAGGUUCGGCUGUCAAAGGUGAAUCAGAGACCUUUGAAUCGGACCCAAUCAGCCCCAUUGCCCUUGGGCCAUCCUGUCCUUGCAGCCCUGAGCAUAAGGGAUCGACAGGCCUUCCUGGAACAUCAGUAUCUCAAACAGCAAUUGAGGGCCACAGUGUUGACUCGUGCUGGGAGCAAGAAUCAUGUGGAGAAUGUGGAAGAAGAGACAGAGGCAGCUGUGGCCCAGGAGAUGCAGGCAACUGACCCUCCAGGUUCUGGGCCUGGUUCUGUAUCAAGACCUGGAGGGAGAUCUCAUAAGCGCUGUCAUGUUACUGGGAUGCUUGAUCAAGGGCCUGAGGUUAUUGACCUAACCGAUUCCGGUGCUCAUCACAAGUAUGAACCAGGAACUCCUUUUCAAAUCCACCGGGAAUUCCUCUUACGGCAGCAGCAACAACACCAAUCAUCUGAGUGUCUGGCAGGAAGUGGAAGCCUGCGGAUGCAUCACACAGCGCGACCUCUUUCCCGAGCCCUCAGCAGCCCUCUGGUAACUCUUGGCCCUACAACAGAAGUCCCAGGACCAGGUCCUCCAAAUUCUAAGCUGAAUGGGAAAGGCUCUGGUGGGACAGCCCUGGCAUUUGAUUCCCUGAUGCUCAAGCACCAAUGUGUCUGUGGAAACAAUGCCAUUCAUCCUGAACAUGGUGGAAGGCUCCAAAGCAUCUGGGCUCGACUUGGGGAGACUGGUCUGGCUACUCGCUGUGAGAAGAUUCGAUCUCGAAAAGCAUCUCUGGAUGAGAUCCAGUGUUGCCACACUGAAGCUCAUACUUUGCUCUUUGGUACAAAUCCCCUGAACAGGCAGAAAUUGGAUCUCUCAAAAUUCCCUGAACCACCAAUCAAAAGCUUCGUCCUCCUACCUUGUGGUGGUGUGGGUGUCGAUUCAGACACCACUUGGGAUGAACUCCACACUGGCUCUGCUGCCCGCAUGGCUGUUGGCUGUGUCCUUGAACUGGCAUUCAAAGUGGCACAAGGGGAGAUGAGGAAUGGAUUUGCUGUGGUGAGACCUCCUGGUCAUCAUGCAGAACCCCAGCAGGCUAUGGGAUUCUGCUUCUUCAACAACAUUGCCAUUGCUGCCAGACAGCUCCGAUAUCAUCUGGGUCUUGAGAAGAUCCUAAUUGUGGACUGGGAUGUUCAUCAUGGGAAUGGGACACAGAGCAUUUUCUAUGAUGACUGCCAUGUGCUGUACAUUUCCAUCCAUCGACAUGAUUGCGGCAAUUUCUUCCCUGGCACUGGAGGUCCCACUGAGUGUGGAUUAGAUGAUGGGAUGGGAUUCAACAUUAAUAUAGCUUGGUCUGGAGGUCUGGUUCCACCCAUAGGAGACUCAGAGUAUCUAGCUGCUUUCCGUACUGUCAUCAUGCCCAUUGCCAGGGACUUCAAUCCCGAUAUCGUGUUAGUGUCAUCAGGUUUUGAUGCUGCAGCUGGACACCCUCCUCCCUUAGGUGGUUAUACUGUUUCUCCUGCAGGAUUUGCUCAUAUGACACGGCAGCUAAUGAGUCUGGCAAAUGGCAAGGUGGUGCUGGCACUGGAAGGCGGGUAUGACCUCCCAUCUGUCUGUGAUUGCACUGAGGCAUGUGUCAGGGCAUUGCUUGGUGAUGCUCUACCUCCCUUACCGGAGAGCUCAAGAGUUCAACAGCCAUGUCAGAAUGCCAUUGACACUCUUCAGAAAACCAUUGCUAUCCAGGCAUCCCAUUGGCCAGUAGUGAGAAAGUAUGCUCAUGCAGUGAGGUGGUCCCCAUUGGAAGCAGAAUCCCAUCAUGAGAAUGAUGAAACCGUGAGCGCACUGGCAUCUCUUUCAGUUCAUACUCCAUCUGCUGCCCAACAGCAGCCAACACGUCAUACAUCUGUCAUCAAGUCAGAGAGCAAGAAACUCCCCCCAGAGGAGCCAAUGGAGGAGGACUCCAAAUGAUCACGAGUUCCACUCUCUCUUUCUCUCUCUUGAGAUACUCCAGCAGGGAAUUUUGAUCUCGUCGGAUUUGUGCAAUGACACUGCAUCAUUCUGUCCGUCUUUGUCUCAUCAUGCCAUUUUCUUCUCUUUCCUAUUCUCUCAUGACUGCUCGUUUGCAAAUUGCAUUCCGGUGAAUGUUGUUCAAGUGUUUUCUCUACUUGUUUCCUUUCCCCUCUUGUUGUGGGAGAUGUUUUCUGAUCAGAUUGAUUUUUUUUUUUCAGGGAUAAUCUAUUAUACUUUUACCACUGAUUUGCAGUCAUGAGGUCACGCAUGCUGUACAGAGAUUUUUGUAUUACUGGCCGUUUCUGUGAUUUUGCAGAGAAGCAUCGUGACAUGAAGAAAGUUGACAUUAUAAAAUGACAGGUCUAGUCAUGAGUGAUGUAUCUUGUGACUCCCUUUAAGUUCCGUUUGGUUUCCAAAGCCUCGGUGAGAUGCUUGAGACGUUGAGAUGGUGCAUAAGAAGUGGUGACCCGGUGAAUGAUUAAGGUGCUUGUGACCAAAGAUUUUUUUUUUCUUGUGACUGGGGUGAAUUUUCAUGUUAGAGGUAUCACUACACACAACUUCUCUGUGAUGAGGGACCAAAUUUGACUCAAUUACCACGUCCCAGAAUCUUUGCGCAUUAUUUGUCGUCUCUUGUUCACCUGGGAAGAUGUAAAGUUCACAUACAUCAUGAAGGAAUGGAAUGAGAGGGAUUACUUGCAGUGUUAUGAUUAUGUACUCCCCAUUGUCCCCAGCAUCUCUACCCUGUGGCAGUCUUAUGGGGAAAUAAAUGUCCUAUUUAUAGA